AUGUCCCACAGACAAGGUACCGUGGUUGACGCAAAUGGACAAGAUACUGUCUUCUACCAGGGUGCAACUAAGGAGUUAGCUUUGCAAGCUGCAGAUUCCUGUGCACAAGCAUUUGCCGCAUGGUCGAAAACGACCCCGAUAGAGCGCCGGACCUUGCUCUUCAAAUUGGCCGAGGUUCUGCGUGACCAAGCUGAGGAAAUCAAGCUUGUAUGUGAUCGAGAGAUCCAUUGCGGCCUGCAGUGGGCAGACAUAAUCACCAAUGACGCUAUUGGACUGAUUGAAGAGUACGGUGCUCUCACCACCAGUGUCUCCAUUGGUUCAAUGCCAUUUGUGCGGACUGGCCAUGGCCUAGUUUUCAAAGAACCACUUGGAGUAGUUCUUGGAAUCGCCCCCUGGAACGCCCCCAUAAUUUUGGGCCUUCGUGCCGUUGUGGCUCCUAUCGCAGCUGGCAAUGGCUCCGAAUUGAGUCCCCAGACCCACUAUCUCCUCGCCUCGCUCUUCCGAAAAGCUGGCUUUCCCUCCGGCGUCCUAAACUUCCUUUUACAUCGACCUGAAGAUGCGUCCGAGAUUUUCAAUACCCUUAUUAACCAUUCCGCUGUCAAGAAAUGCAAUUUCACCGGAUCCACCCAUGUCGGGCGCAUAAUUGCCUCCCAAGCCGCCUUGGCUCUAAAGCCAGUAUUGUUAGAGCUUGGUGGCAAGAACUUCACAGUAGUCCUCGAUGAUGCGGACUUAGAUCUUGCAGCCGAGGAAAUUACUAGAGGCGCCUUCCUCAAUAACGGUCAGAUUUGCAUGUCAACCGACAAGGUCCUGGUUACCGCAACCGUGGCCCCAGUUCUCGAAGCCAAAAUUCUGGCUAUUUUGGACAGCAUCAGAAGCAUGCCGGUACUCAUCUCCUCGGCAGCCAAGGCUAAGGUAGAGAUGCUCAUCUCCGAUGCGCGUGACAAGGGUGCUCGGAUUCAUACGCCCCCAAUAGUCAAUCACAACGACACGUCAGAUCAAAGCUUCCCUCCUACGGUGGUGACGGGUCUAACCCCCCAAAUGAAGCUGUUUGAGAUCGAGUCUUUUGGCCCAGUGGUGGGAAUCGUGGUCGUGGAAACAGAAGAGCAGAUUAAAUCGAUGAUAAAGGAGGCUAAGUAUGGACUGUCAAGCUCGAUUAUAUCCCGGGAUAUAUGCCGUUCGCUUGAGCUGGCCCAGUCGAUCAAGGCAGGUGCAGUUCACAUAAAUUCUAUGACCGUGCAUGACGAGCCAACCCUGCCUCACGGAGGAUAUGGCGACAGUGGUUGGGGUCGAUUUGGCGCUCACUGGGGGAUGGAGGAGUUUGUCCAGACGAAAGUAGUCACCCUGCAUCCGUAG